AUCUUUGUUGCUCUGCCUAGUGUAAAAUAUUCCAAAACGCCCCCCACUUUUUUCUGUGCCGAUUUGAAUAUUAAAUAAAUAUCAUAUAUUCGGGCAAGAAUACGCUUUUUUGAAUACGAGGACGGAGCCAAUGACAGGGAUAUAAUGUCCUCUCCUCUCCGGUCCUGUGAGGAAGACGAGGGCAUGGUGGUUAAUUCCGAGGGAGGAGAUUUUGAUGAAGAAGACGACGACGGAGACCUAGACGAGAACGCAAGCGACAUAAACUCGCCGGCGGCGCCUCGGGAAACUGCAACGCCAGCCGCGCCAGACGAAGAGGCCGAUAUAUCAGACAGAGAGGUCCCGUGCAGGAAGAAAGGAAGACCGAAGAAAAAGAAGGACACAAAGAAGAAGGACAAAGAGGGGAAACCUGUCAAAUCAAAAAAACGCAAGAAGAUUGACAGUGAUGUAGAGCGAGACUCAGACAGAGAAAGAGACUACGGCGAGAACUCAGACAGCGUAGCCAGUGACUAUGGAUCUGGUGAGAAAAAGAAAAAGAAGAAACAUAAAGAAAGGAAGGAGAAGAAAACCAAAAAGAAGAAAAAAGACGACGGGGACCGAGACAGCAGUCAGGAGGAAACAACAAAGCAACCGAUAGAGCAGAAGACCUCGGCCCAGCUGGCAAAGGAGUGGGGUCUGGAGGAUGUUGAUCAUACCUUCACAGAGGAAGACUACAGGGAGCUCACCAACUACAAAGCCUUCAGCCAGUUCAUGAGGCCGAUGAUAGCCAAGAAGAACCCUAAGAUCCCAAUGUCAAAGAUGAUGACCAUCCUGGGGGCCAAGUGGAGGGAGUUCAGCUCUAACAACCCCUUCAAGGGCAACGCUGCUGCCGUCGCCGCGGCUGCUGCAGCCGCCGCCAUCGCCGUCGCCGAGCAGGUCUCUGCAGCGACCGCCUCGCCUGAGCAGCCGCCGCAGCCACCACCAAUCAGAAAGGCCAAGACGAAAGAGGGCAAAGGCCCUGGCUAUAAGAAGCGCAGUAAAAGUCCUCGAGUCCCAGACAAGAAAAGGGCUCUAGCAAAGGCUAAAAAGAUGGCACCCAUUCGUAUCAAACUGUCGCCCAUAGGUGCGAAGAGGAAGAAGAGCUGCUCAAGCGAGGACAUGGAUGAGGAUGAGUCUGAGCAGGAGGACUCCAGCGUUCACAGCUCCUCGGUUCGCUCUGACAGCUCUGGCCGUGUCAAGAAGAACAAGCGAGGACGGCCUGCCAAGAAGAAGAAGAAAAUCUCAGGUGAAGAGGAAGGGGACGGUUAUGAGACCGAUCAUCAGGACUACUGCGAGGUGUGUCAGCAGGGCGGAGAGAUCAUCCUGUGUGACACUUGUCCCAGAGCUUACCACCUGGUCUGCCUUGAGCCUGAGCUGGACAAGGCCCCCGAGGGCAAAUGGAGCUGCCCACACUGCGAAAAAGAGGGAAUCCAGUGGGAAGCAAAGGACGAGGACUUUGAGGAUUUUGAGGAGGACAGCGAGGACAGAGUGAUAUCAGAGGUUGGGGUUGGGGUCCCUACCGGGGCGGAGGAGGAGGAUGACGACCACAUGGAGUUCUGUCGGGUGUGUAAAGACGGAGGUGAACUAUUGUGUUGCGACACCUGCACCUCGUCCUACCACAUCCACUGUCUAAACCCACCGCUGCCCGAGAUCCCCAAUGGAGAGUGGCUGUGUCCACGAUGCACGUGUCCGCCAAUCAAAGGCCGUGUCCAGAAGAUCCUCCACUGGCGGUGGGGAGAACCUCCGCCUCCCAUUCCUGUCCCGCCCGCACCUGACGCCCCACCUGAUGCCCCCCCACCACCGCCCAUGAAGGGCAGAGCCGAGAGGGAGUUCUUUGUCAAGUUGGUUGGACAGUCCUACUGGCACUGUACAUGGAUCACUGAGCUCCAGCUGGAGAUCUUCCACUCGGUGAUGUACAGAAACUACCAGAGGAAGACGGACAUGGACGAGCCUCCCAGUCUGGAUUAUGGUUCGGGAGGAGAGGACGAGAAUGGAGUGGGAAAAAGCGAAAAGAGGAGGGCCAAGGAUCCCCAGUACGCCAUCCUGGAAGACAAGUACUACAAAUAUGGCAUCAAACCGGAGUGGAUGAUGAUCCACCGCAUCAUCAACCACAGUGUGGACAAGAAGGGGAUGUACCACUACCUGGUCAAGUGGAGAGACCUGACGUACGACCAGUGUACCUGGGAAAGAGACGACCUGGAGAUCCCGGAUUUUGCAAUUUACAAGACAAACUACUGGAGACACAGGGAUGCAAUAAUGAAGGAGGAUCCAGACAAACCCAGGAAGAUGAGGAGCAAGAACAUGGAGGGUGAAGAGGAAUCUCCUGCCUCACCGGUCACUGAUCCUACGAUAAAAUACGAAGAGCAGCCAGACUUUGUCACAUCAACAGGCGGGACGCUGCAUCUGUACCAACUGGAGGGUCUGAACUGGCUGCGGUUUUCCUGGGCUCAGGGCACAGACACCAUCCUGGCCGAUGAGAUGGGCCUGGGCAAGACCAUCCAGACCAUAGUCUUCCUCUACUCACUUUUCAAAGAGGGUCACACUAAGGGCCCGUUCCUGGUCAGUGCUCCGCUCUCCACCAUCAUCAAUUGGGAGAGGGAGUUCGAGAUGUGGGCGCCUGACUUCUAUGUGGUGACGUACACGGGAGACAAGGACAGUCGAGCUAUCAUCAGAGAAAACGAGUUCUCCUUUGACGACACUGCUGUCAAAGGAGGAAAGAAGGCCUUUAAGCUGAGGAGGGAGGCUCCUAUUAAAUUCCACGUGCUGCUGACUUCCUAUGAGUUGGUGACCAUCGACCAGACGGCGCUCAAGUCCAUCGACUGGGCUUGUCUGGUGGUGGACGAGGCUCACCGCCUUAAGAACAACCAGUCCAAGUUUUUCAGGCGUCUGAAUGACUAUAAGAUCGACCACAAGCUGCUGCUGACAGGAACUCCUCUUCAGAACAACCUGGAGGAGCUGUUUCACCUGCUCAACUUCCUCACACCCAACCGCUUCAACAACCUUGAGGGCUUCCUGGAGGAGUUUGCCGACAUCUCCAAGGAGGACCAGAUCAAGAAGCUCCACGACCUGCUGGGGCCUCACAUGCUGCGGAGGCUGAAGGCCGACGUCUUUAAGAACAUGCCCGCCAAGACCGAGCUGAUUGUCAGAGUGGAGCUGAGCCCUAUGCAGAAGAAAUACUACAAGCUGAUCCUGACUAAGAACUUUGAGGCUCUGAACUCAAAAGGCGGAGGAAACCAGGUCUCCCUGCUCAACAUCAUGAUGGAUCUAAAGAAGUGCUGCAACCACCCCUACCUCUUCCCUGUUGCCUCCAUGGAAGCCCAAAAAACACCCAGUGGUGCUUAUGAGGGGUCGGCCCUCACUAAGGCUUCUGGGAAACUGAUGCUGUUGCAAAAGAUGUUGAGGAAACUGAAAGAGCAGGGGCACCGAGUACUGGUCUUCUCACAGAUGACUAAAAUGCUGGAUUUAUUAGAAGAUUUCCUGGACUAUGAAGGUUAUAAGUAUGAGAGAAUUGACGGAGGCAUCACAGGAGCGCUGAGACAAGAGGCCAUCGACCGCUUCAACGCUCCUGGUGCUUGUCAGUUCUGUUUCCUGCUCUCCACCAGAGCAGGAGGUUUGGGCAUCAACUUAGCCACAGCGGACACUGUCAUCAUCUUCGACUCUGACUGGAACCCUCACAACGACAUACAGGCGUUUAGUCGAGCCCACCGAAUCGGACAGGCCAACAAGGUGAUGAUCUACCGCUUUGUGACCCGAGCCAGCGUGGAGGAGCGUAUCACCCAGGUGGCCAAGAGGAAGAUGAUGCUCACCCAUCUGGUGGUCCGGCCGGGCCUGGGAUCCAAGGCCGGCUCCAUGACCAAACAGGAACUAGACGACAUCCUCAAGUUUGGAACAGAAGAGCUCUUCAAGGAUGAGGGAGAAGGUAUGAAGAAUAGUUCGAGAGACAAAGUUGAGGACGAGGGCAGCGUGAUCCACUAUGACAGCACUGCCAUUGAGAGGCUGCUGGACCGAAGCCAAGACGCCACGGACGACUCAGACGUCCAGAACAUGAACGAGUACCUCAGCUCCUUUAAAGUGGCCCAGUACAUGGUGCGAGAGGAGGAUAAGAUCGAGGAGAUCGAGCGGGAGAUCAUCAAACAGGAGGAGAACGUGGAUCCAGAUUAUUGGGAGAAACUGUUGCGGCAUCACUACGAGCAGCAACAAGAGGACCUUGCGAGCAAACUGGGUAAAGGCAAGAGGAACCGCAAGCCUGUCAACUACAACGACGCAGCACAGGAAGACCAAGAGUGGCAUGCUGACAUUUCAGAUAACCAGUCCGAGUAUUCAGUGGGCUCUGAGGAGGAGGACGAGGACUUUGAUGAUCGACCAGAGGGUCGAAGGCAGUCACGUCGCCAGUUGAGGAAUGAGAAGGAUAAACCCCUGCCUCCUCUUCUGGCCAGAGUUGGAGGCAACCUCGAGGUACUGGGCUUUAACACACGCCAGCGAAAGGCUUUCCUGAACGCAGUGAUGCGCUGGGGGAUGCCGUCCCAGGAUGCUUUCUCCUCUCAGUGGUUGGUGAGAGACCUCAGGGGCAAGAGUGAAAAAGAAUUCAAAGCUUACGUGUCUCUCUUUAUGCGUCACUUAUGUGAGCCAGUGGCUGACGGCGCUGAGACGUUUGCAGACGGGGUCCCGAGGGAGGGCUUGUGUCGCCAGCCGGUCCUCACUCGAAUCGGAGUCAUGUCCCUCGUGAAGAAGAAGAUCCAGGAGUUUGAGCACAUCAAUGGGCGGUGGAGUCUUCCAGAGCUCAAGCCCGAGGUCAACGUAGACAAAUCCUCCUCCAGGGCCUCCUCUCCCGCAGUGAAGACUGCAACGCCCACCCCUGACGCCAGCUAUAACAACACACCGUGCACCUCCAAGCCAGCGACCCCUGCUCCAGCAGAGAAGCUAGAAAAGAACGGAAAAGAGGGAGAGAAGGAGGAAGACAAAGAGGAAGGUGAGGCCCCGUCGGAGAAAGAGAAAGUGAAGGUGAAAGAGAAGGAGAAGGAUGAGGGGAAAGAGGUGGACAGCAACAGGACUGGAGACCCUGAAGAGCUUUCCUCCUCGACAAGAGAGACACCACAAAGUCAAAAAGCGGAAGGCAAAGAAGAUAGCAAAUUGAUAGAGGUGGAGAGGAAAGAAACAACUGAAACUUCAGCUGCCACAGCAGAGGAGAAAAGAGUGCAGGCGGAGAGCAAAGAGGACACAAGACAAACAUCAAAACAAGACACAGAGUUCAAAGAAGAAAAAUCAGGAGAGAAGACGCGGGAGGAGAGGGAAAAAGACAAAGAAAAGCGCGAAGAGACACUGACAGCAACGGAAGCGACGGAUGCCAAGGAGAAGUCCGAGGUGGCGGAUGUGAAGAAAGAGGAGGUCAAAGGUGAAAGGGAUGCCGGAAAAGAAGUCAAAGCAGCUAAAGAGGAGGCAACCAAGGGUAACGGGAAGCCUCCGACUGAGCGACCUCGCUUCAUGUUCAACAUUGCUGAUGGUGGCUUUACUGAGCUGCACACUCUUUGGCAGAACGAGGAGCGGGCUGCCAUCUCCUCGGGGAAGAUGAACGACAUCUGGCACCGCCGACACGACUUCUGGCUGCUGGCGGGAAUUGUGAUUCACGGCUACGCCAGGUGGCAGGACAUCCAGAACGAUCCCCAGUUCGCCAUCGUCAACGAGCCUUUCAAGUCGCAGGCGAAUAAAGGCAAUUUCCUGGAGAUGAAGAACAAGUUUCUGGCUCGACGCUUUAAGCUGUUGGAGCAGGCCCUAGUGAUAGAGGAGCAGCUGCGGCGGGCGGCCUACCUGAACAUGACCCAGGACCCCAGCCACCCAGCCAUGGCGCUCAAUGCACGCUUUGCAGAGGUGGAGUGCCUGGCGGAGUCACACCAGCACCUCAGCAAGGAGUCACUGGCAGGCAACAAGCCAGCCAACGCUGUCCUGCACAAAGUGUUGAACCAGUUGGAGGAGCUGCUGAGUGACAUGAAGGCCGACGUGACACGGCUACCGGCCACGCUGUCCAGAGUUCCACCCAUCGCCGCCCGCCUGCAAAUGUCAGAGAGGAGCAUCCUCAGCCGCCUGGCCAGCAAGGGCACUGAGACGCACACACCCCCGCCCAUACCUCCAGGACCCUAUGCCACCCCUCAGAACUAUGGAGCCCCCUUCACCCCUGCACCCCCAAGCGCCCUACACAUGGGAGGGGCCAACUACAGUCAGAUGCCUCCCGGAUCCUUCCUAUCAGAAGCCGCCGCCGCUGCUGGGGCCACCGGCGGAGCUGCUGGGGGAACCGCCGGAGGGCCAACCGCUGCCGGUGUUUGCCAGAAGACCAAGGAGCAUGAUGUGGUGCAGCGGCAGCGAGUGGUGGACCUCUGGAAGGACGGCAAGUCAGAAGGGGCCAUCGGGCAGGAGCUGAGGAUGCCCAAGUCCACGGUACACAGCAUCAUUGUCAAGUACCGGCUCAGCAACACGGUGGAGAACCUGCCACGAAAUGGACGACCAAAGAAACCCUGAGGUCGGGGAGGGGAGGGGGGGGCUCACCAAGAGAGAACAGGAAAGGACGUUUGGAUAAAAGAUCCUGGAAUGUAACAAAAAUAGAGGCUGAAAAAGAGACGUUGGAAGCUGAAAAGGAGAGAACCUGAAUGCAUAAGGAGGAAGUCCAAAAAGGACAAGGAAAGGACAAGGCACAUUGACACUGCUGGAAUGUGAGGAAUAUAAAGGGAGAAGUAAAGCUCACUGAAUGGAUCGAAUAAGUCCGGGAGACAAGAAAGCAAAAAGGAGAGGACAUGAAAAGUGAAAAGAAGCAGUAGCGCUAUGAUCCACAAAAUAAAACAAGCAAUCAACCACAGAGGGAGAGGCAAAGAGAGGUCCAAAGUAUGAAGGGAGAGGUGAAAGACUGACCCUGAGAUCAAAAACUUAUGAUGCGUGGGGGGGGAAAUGAGGCAGGGACAGAAAAAAGUAGAGAUGACAUGUCUGGAACAAAGAAAUCCUCAAGCAAAGAGGAAAGGCGCUACUGAAAGAGAGCCUAAAAUUCUGACUUUGAGAGGAAAGAUUUCUGGACUGAAGGGAAAAAAAGACAGUAUGUUAAAACAAUCACAGGUUUUCAGGAAUUCAGAUAUGAAGGCCGAAUUGAAGAAAAAUGCAACAAAGGAGGGUUUUUUUUUUGAAAAUUCCUCCACAGGCAGAUUUCUUGAGACUUCUUUUUCUGUUUCUCCCUCUGCGCCAAAAACAGAUUUCCCCCUGGAUCAAUUCUUCAUCCACCGGCUGACUGAACAAGCCUGUCCCCUCGCUCUGACCUGUACUCCCUCAUUCCUCCACAGUCCUCCACUCCUCCGUCUCUCUUUCUCAGUCUCACACACACACAUACAUACACUCUAGACCUCACACACAACCUGAAAACCUGCAAAGAAGUUAAUUUAUCUGCCGAGUAUGAGCAGAUGAGAUCCAAACUCAAAAUAGAAAGGGACAAACUGGACUCAAAUUAUCUUGCAAAAAUGAAAGAAAGGAAAAAAUAGUUUUCUAAGUAUAAAACACUACUUCCCAUGGACUCUUUUGCUCUAGCAAGUCCAAUCGAGCAUAGAAGCAAGAAACAUAGAUAUAAAAAACUGAGACGUUGCCUUUGUCGAAACAAUCAGUAGCAAUGUUGCUCUGACCCAAUCUGAUGGGCUGUUAUUGGGAUAUGUACUGUAUUACAAAGCAUAUUAACUAUUGCACCUUUUUUGGAGGUCACUUAAAGGGAAAUAUCACUCAAGUGAAAUAUUUACAUUUCCUGUUUUUAAACCUCAUCACAGCAAAAAACAGUAUUUAUGAGCAGCUUUUCCCCAAAGCUAAAGACUGUCAUCUGUCACUGAAAGAAAAAGGGAGACUCACUUUGAAGCUCAAACAGACAUUUUUGUUCUUUGAGCUUCUUUAUUGUGACAGUGUGAUUGAUUCCAUGCUGGAAAAUGUCCCCUGAUCCCAGACAAAAUAAAACACUCUGGAUUCUGUCAUCGUUUUUUCCAGCUGAGUGUGUGUGCAGUAGAGCUGUACAUCAGUGUGACAUCCCAGAGUUGGGAGCGGGACAAACUCUUCUGCCUCGUUUCUGGAAAGAGGAGAAGUGAACAGUCAGUUACACAGUCCAGACUUUCCUAGGACGGAUGAGUAUUUUUAAGCUAAAAUUGAGUGGUGUUUCCCUUUAAGCUUGAAGGACAUAAAGACCAGAAAAGUGUGGGAUUGGUGUGGCCUGCAAUGAGAAAAUAUUGUGUGUGUUAAAUUUGAGGAAUGCUGUAUGUUCGUGAAUGUGUUUUUUGUACAUGUGUUUGUGCGCUUGGUAGCACUCCCACUUUUAUCAAAACUAUCAUUUCGAUACUGGUACCAAUAUGAUACCUGAGUUUCUUUAUGAAUUCCAAAUACGGUUUUGGAUACUUACUUUGAGGGAUAUAAAUAUGUUUUUCUACAAAACCUUUUUUUCUAUUUCACAAAAUAAGCUAAAGUUCUCAAAUGCAUCAGUGUUUAAUUCUGUCUUGAGACAAAGCAGGCAACAAUUCUUUCAGACAAGAAAUUCGCUUAAACAUAAUACAGUGUGAAAUUAACCAAAUUCUAACUUCUAGCUGCACUAAUUAAUAUUUUUUUAUAUUAACAAUCAAUCAAAUUACUGUUUAAUGUGAAAGGGGUCGCUCGUACUGACCCACAGAAUUAUCACCUGACUCUGCAGUUUCCCUCAGCUUCACAGAGUGUUUUGGCAUUUUUGAGCUCAUUGUUUUGGUUUUCACGACCCACAGAUUUACCGCUUUGAUUCAGUUAAACAUCAACCUUGUUUAAAGCUGCAGGCAGCUGUUUUCACUGAAAAAGCUUCAAUAAAUCCACUGUACACUACCUUCCGAGCGCCAUUCAAGUUAGCAACUAGUUGGUGAAGAUUGUGGAGCAUAUAGUAGCUAAAAAGCCAGAUAUUUCCUUCAGGGGUUGGUGGAGACCAAAACAGAACUAAAAGAUCAAGUAAAUGUAGGUUUAAAUCUGGCAACAUCCAAUAAAAGUAACCAAGACUAUGACUAAGACUAUCAAUCAUCUUAUCUCAACUUUGAAAACUUGAUAGUUUUUAAUACUUAGCUCUUCUGACACAUUUCUGUCCGUAUUCAAAAAAAGAACUGAGGUGUGAUGCCCAGCCUUAAAAGAAAACAUAACAAACAUAGACAUGCAUGCAUAUCCCUUCUAUAAGAGUGAAAUCCUUGAUUGAUGAUUGCACCUCCAACUGAAACAUUUACUGCUUUCUCAACUGAAAGAUUUAUGAAACUCUUAUCAAGGCUUUGUUUGACAGAUUCUUAAUUCUUAAAUCAAGCCUGUGCUUUUUUAGUUCCUGAAAAGUUGACAUUUCAGAGACACAAGGUUGUUCCUGAUGAAUGGUUUUGGCAUGGAUACGCUCACGCAAAGCUUUUGAGCAAGCAAAAAUGCUACGUUUCCUGCCAAAGUGGCAGCUUUCCCUUCUAUCAGAUAGUGGGCAGGACCCACAGGGGAGAAACACAGGCUCACAUGUUGGCCAGGAAUGUUUUUCUUAUUGCCUCUCUGGACUUCACAUGCUCCAUCCAGUUUAGUCUGAGUUUUUUCGGGCUAGUAAAGGAAUAAAAUUGGUUGAAGUUUUAGAAAUUCUUAGAGAUAUGUCCAGGUGUGAGUUGUUGGAUUUAUCAUAUUUUUAAUGUAACUACAAAUAUAUUAUCACUGCCAACCUAAUUUGGGACCAGAAAGUGUUUAUUUAAAAAUGUCUGCUGCUACUGUAAUGCUGUAGGCAGUCUAGGGAGAACCAGUGAUCUGUAUGAAGAAAGGGGAGGAGGAGUUCUGUUGGACAGAGUUGAAGUUUUACAGAGUAGAUUUGGCAGUAGAGUGAAAUGCACGAUGGACUUCGCAGAGGGAAUCUGUUAUCUGGUGUAACACAGUACAAGUGCUUCAUUAAAUUCCUUUUCCUGUUUUAUCUUCACGACUUCUUUACCUUAUAUGCCUUUUUGGUGGAGCCCAACUGAUACUGGGUUUUUUCCGAGGCCAGUACCAAUACUGACAUCCAAAGUUAUAAUCCUUCAGAUUUCGGUCCUUGUGCACUGUUGGUAACAGCAAGUACCACGGAUCACCACUACAUCAAACGUUCCUUGAGCAGCUACUUUGAUAGAAAUACAUCAGAAGGGCAGCUAGUGUCUCUGUUUACACUGCAGCCGAACAAACUCACAUUCGUCUUAAUGAAGAAAUCAGUCUAUAAUAAAACUGAUCCCCUUUAAAAAAAAAAAAAAAAGAAUGAUGAACAGUUAACCUCACUGACAAAUACAUUGCGUUUCAUGUGACUGCUUCAUAAUAAAAGCCACCCUGUGUUUCACCAGUUGAAUGCUUUUUAAUGUCAAGCAGCAACUUGGAAUAGGAAAUGUUAGGUCAUGGUUAUGGUGUGGGUUAACCUAGAUGUGUACUGAGUGGGUGGGACAUUUUACAGCUGAAAAAUAUGCUUGUCAGCACUCUCUGGUGGACGAAUAAUAUAAUGAUGACACUAUUUUUAAAUGACUGCAAACGCAUCUUUGGCACUUCUGUUUCUUGCUGUUGUAUUGGCCAUGCCAACUUAUCGGUCAGGCCCUUUUUUUUUUUUUUUUUUGUCCUCUUCCUUUCCCAAGCAAUCUACUGUAUUUUUGUCUGUCUUUUUUUUAUUGUCUCUCUCCUCCACAUCUCUCUCCUCUGCCUCUGCGUCUUUCUUCAGGUUCGCACUCGUAAUUUCUCUUGCUCUUUCACUCUUUUACCUCGAUUUUGUUUUGCUUCUUAUCAGAUUUUGUCUGCCCCCCCCAACACUCACAUACACACUUACUGACUCUGUCUCUUCUUUCUCUCUCCAUCCCCUCUGUUGGCCUCCACUGGCAAAGUGCCAUACGUUUUCCCAUAAAUGGUCCCCCCACUGUUUCUAGACACACACGGUUGUAGCCCCCCCCAAUGUCCUCAACUCAAUACACCCCUUAUCACAUCUUUGAUCUGCACGGGGGUGUUAUGACAGUUUAUCUUUCCCUGUGGCGCAAGUGAGAGAGGCGCGCUGUUAGUCUAUUCCUGGCUUUGUUUUGAAAGGAGUGCUAAACUCGCUGUUCCACUCCCUGAGCAGAUUCAUGAUAGUGCACAAAUGUGGGAAGCACAGAUCCCUGUGCUGGCCAGCUGUGCAGUCGUGUAGAAAGGAGAUUAUUUCUGUGUAUGUGUGUGUUUGUGUGUCUGUGUCCUCAUGUGCCUGUGCCUGUGCCUGUGUGUGUGUGUUUGCAAGUGUGUGUAUGCAUGUAUGUGAGUAAGUGUGUGUUUCUACUCAUUGCCGGCCUCACUUUCACCAGGUUAUGCAUUCUGGGAUUUUAUCAUUA